AUGGACGGCCAUGCCGAAGGCAGUCAAAACCCCCCUGUGCCCCGUGGUGCGACGCUUUCAUUCAGUGAAAACAUCUACCGCCAUUAUGAGGACUUCGUUUCUGCUUUGUUUGUUUGCGCUGAUGCUGGUGGGGCUGGCGAGGGACGUGGAGCGAAUUGCAACGAGCGAUCAUUUUCGAACAGCUGCUCGCUCACUCACAACACUACUUGCUUCUGUGCUAGUGACUCACGUCCAGCCAUCUUGUUUGAUUGUGUCGAGAGCCAAUGCACGACCAAGGAAUUCUUUACUACAAAACGAUUUUACGAACACGAAUGCUCGAUUACGCCGCUCGCGGGUCCUCCAGAGAUCCACCCGUCCACUCUGGUGCCUAUGAUACUGGCUUCGAUCUUCUUUGUGGCGAGGAUGGUUGCCAAGGGAAGUGGACUUGCGGGUGGAUGGGGCUGGGAUGAUUAUACGAUCAUCAUGUCUUAUGCGAGUAUCACUGUAUCACUGCGCGGGGUUUUCCAAUCUUCUAACAGCUUGCAGAUCCUCGGUCUUGCGAUCUACAUCGACAGUGUCUACAUGAUCCGCGCUGGCUUCGGCAGAAACAUCUGGGACAUUGACUUUCCCAUAAUUACCAAGUUCUACAAGCUCUUCCAAGCCCUCGCAGUGAUGUACAAAAUUCAAAUUUCCCUCGCUAAAAUCUCAGUUGUUCUCUUCCUUCUCCGCAUUUUCCAAACCCCGGUAUUCCGCUACGUCUCCUACGCGCUCAUCGGCAUCAACGCCGCAAUUGGAAUUACAUGGGCCUUUGUCGACUCCUUCCGCUGCACCCCGACCCAUCUAACCUGGGAUGGCUGGACAAACGAGGAGCCGGGGAAAUGCAUCAACUUCAUCAACUCGAUUCUAGUCAACUGUCUCGUGAACAUCUUUGUUGAUGCCAUUAUGAUCCUCAUGCCCGUGUAUGAAGUGAGCAAGUUGCAGAUGCCGACAAGGAAGAAGUUUACUGUUGCGUUGAUGUUCGUUGUUGGUUCGGUUCUAACCAUCAUCGCCAUCAUCCGCGUCAUCGUCUUCUGGAAUAACCGCUGGGGCAUCAACCAAACCCUCGGCCUGUACCCACUCAUCCACUGGUCCGUCAUCGAAUGCCAAAUCGCCGUACUCUGCGCCUGUCUCCCUGCCUCCCGUGCGCUGAUCGGCCGAUGGUUCCCGAACCUGCUCGGCUCUUCACGACGAACGUACGGCUCGACGGCGCCGGGCAAUUGGAGCAAUAAUGUCAAUUUUGGCCAGGAUAGCAAGAUUAACAAGUCUGUUAGCUAUUCGGUGAAUUAUGCGUCGCGCUCGCAUCGCGAUGAUUCUAAUAGUGAUGUGGAGUUGGUUGAUCGGGAUUUGAGGCUUGCGAGGUAG